UUUGGUGCUUCGGCAUUUGGAGCAAGUACAACAAACACUGGCUUUGGACAAUCGACCGGCACUGGAUUUGGCCAGCAGCCUGCCGCGGGCUCGAGCUUAUUUGGAGCUUCUACCAAUACUGGAGGCGGCUUUGGGGUAUGUUUCGUACACCGUUUCCCUCCACUGCACUCUACUACCUCGCUCUCUGCAACUGCAUCGAGUUUCGGUGCGUCCAAUAACGCAAAUUCUACCUCAACACCCUUCGGUGCUGCAAACAAGCCUGCCUUUGGCGCUCCCGCUCCUGCGACGGGAGGAGGUCUCUUUGGUGGCGCCGCUACAUCAUCGCCAUUUGGGGGCGCAGGAACUGCCAACCCGGGUGGAUUUGGAAAUGCAAACGCCGGCGGCAACAACUUAUUUGGUGCGGCUAAGCCUGCAACCACGGGCUUUGGCGGCGGCUUUGGCGGUGCAGCCACCACACAACAACCAUCCAACGCCUUUGGCGCAUCCUCCACAGGCUUUGGCGCAGCUGCCCAGCCCACAAAUAACGGCACAGGUUCUACGCCUUUCAGCGCCUUUGACAACGCGGCCAACACCAACAGCCACUACCAGUCCAUCACCUUCAUGCAGCCUUACCAAGCCUUCUCUUUUGAAGAAUUGAGAUUGGCUGAUUACACAGCUGGUCGCAAGUCUGGCAAUGCCAAUGGCCAGGCUGGCGCGUUUGGUCAGUCGACGGGCUUCGGCAGCGGCUUCGGGUCGAACAAUGCAUCUGCUCCUACCUCGGGCUUUGGUGCUCCUCAGGCCACCAACACUGGAGGGGGCAUGUUUGGAGCUCAGUCCAGCGCGCCCUCGACAGGUGCGUUUGGGGCGCCAGCUGCAAACACUAACACUACCUCGGGCUUCGGAGCGAGCGGUGGACUCUUCGGUCAGAACAAGCCUGCUUCCGGAGGGCUGUUUGGAAGCACACCUGCGUCGACUGGCACUACGGGAGGAGGCCUGUUUGGAACAUCCAACAACAACACCACAACCCCGCAACUGGGGUUUGGGUCGGCCAACACACAGCAGCAGCCAGCUCAGGCCAACUCUGGUGGACUCUUUGGUGCCAACGCCAACAACACCCAGAACAAGCCCGCCUUCGGCGGAUUCGGUAGCACCCCUGCCGCUUCCACCCCAUUCGGAGGAUCUUCAACUGGCGGCUUCGGCCAACCUGCAAACACAAACACUACUAGCGGCACUGGCAUGUUUGGACAAGGCACCGCUAACACCGCUAGCCCCUUCGGUGGAGCCCAGCAAAACAACGCUCCUGCUGCCAACUCGAACAAUCUUUUUGGGGGCGGCAAUGCAUUUGGCACUCAGAAUCAACAGCAACAGAACCAGACCGGCACUUCUGGCAAUCUCUUUGGGGGCAGUGGCGGCGCAUUCGGAAACAACCAGCAGAAGCCCAGUCCAUUUGGAGGUGCCGCUACUGGCACAUCCGGAGGGCUCUUCGGAGGGUCUCAGCCACAGCAGAACAAUACUGGUGGAGGUCUUUUCAGCCAGGCAAACAACAACAACCAAGCUCCGACUGGCGGACUCUUCGGAGCUCCCAAGCCUGCAACCGGAGGCGGCCUUUUGGAGGGUCGCAGCCUCAGCAGAACAACACUGGUGGAGGCUUAUUCGGAGGAGCUGCUCCAUCUCAGCAGAACAGUGGUGGGGGCUUAUUUGGAGAAGCCCACAUCUCUUUUCGGAGGUCAAGCUAGUGGUGCACAGGGCUCGUUGUUCGGUGGAAACCAGAACCAGCAACAGAAUGCGGGCGGCAGCUUGUUUGGAGGCAGCACUCAGCAGUCUGGUCAGUCGAACGGUUUGUUUGGCCAGAGUAACCAGCAACAAUCUAGCUUUGCUGCUACUUUGCUGACCAACCCUUACGGCAACGACCAGCUGUUCAGCAAUCUCGGCAACCCCGCUCCCGCUGUUGGGCCCAUCGCUACACCUCUCUCAGGAGCGCAGAAGCCGGCUAAGCGCCCUGCCGCCCUCCACAGUUCAAGAUCAACCCCAGCGCCAGCUUGCAAGCGCUCCAACGGCUACGGAUUCUCGUAUGCUACUUACGGCACCCCUGGCAGCGCACAAAGCUUCACGUCUAACGGCCUCGGAAGCAGCUUGUUGCAGUCAGGUGGCUUGAGUCGCUCUUUAGGCAAGAGUUUCUCUACCAGCAACCUCAACAAGAGCGUUGGUAGUGGCGACAGCGUCCUUGCCCCUGGAGCCUUCACGCCCAACAACAGAUCAUACACUGGCGGCAGCAUUCGUAGACUGAAGAUCGACCGUAACUUGAGAACUGACCUGUUUGGUGACAAUACCCCGGUUGAGCCCCCACUAAGCGCCUUCGACGAAGGCGACAAGGCCAAGACUUCGACAAACGGCUAUGCUGAGACUCCUGCCAGCAGCGCUCUCGUCCGCACCGAAACUGAUCCUGAGCCAUCUUCCGAAGAUCUUGGCUACUCCCGUGCUGAGCGUCCCACAACCAACGGCGUGUCAGUGAACGGUACUUCUUCCACCAACCAAGCUAGAGGUAACGAACUCGCAAUGGUGCCUGAAGAUGGCCCUGCUCCCGCAUCCUCCACCAAGUCUGUUUCUGCAAAGGACUUGCCACGCUCGCAGGCUGACCCUCAACCUGGAGACUACUGGAUGACUCCAUCUAUGGAUGACCUUCGCAACAUGUCUCGCCAGCAGCUCAAGAGAGUCACUGGCUUCACCGUUGGCCGCCGAGAUGUCGGCAAGAUUGAGUUCGAUCCUGUUGAUCUCACCCAGGUCAACUUGGACGAAAUCAUUGAUGAUAUCGUCAAGCUCAACUUGCGCCAAGUGACUGUCUACACAACCGGCGUCAACACUCCUCCUAUGGGCCAAGGACUCAAUGUACCCUCAACUAUCACUCUUGAGAACUCAUGGCCCCGCGCUCAGGCUGGACGUCUUCCCGUCCACGAGCGUAAAGGUCAACGUUAUGAGAAGCACAUCGAACGUCUCCAACGUGUUCAGGACACUGAGUUCAUCAGCUACGAUCCUGUCACCGGCUCCUGGGUGUUCCGCGUUCCUCACUUCACCACCUAUGGACUCGAUGAUGACGAUGAGUCGGACGACGAAGCUGAAUAUAGCAAUGAUGUGAUGAACACCAGCCAAGACCCUACCCCCAAGGGCAACAACACUGCUGUUCAAGAGAUGUCUCAGGCCUCUUCCGAGGAGGGUUCCGUCAUUAGCGAUGAAGAUGAUGAAUCCAACCCUGAUGACACCUUCGAUUUCAAGAAAGGUCCGUCAAAAAUCCUGCCUGGCAGCUUCGGUGCUCAGCCAAUUCACAAUGAUGACGAAAUGGCUGACGACAACGAUGCUCAGGAUCAGGAAGAGGAUUCUUCCUAUCUUGAACAGCAAGGCACACACUUGCAUGAAGACCUGUUCAGGUCUUCCGGCAGCAGCAACGCACCUCCCGCUGAAGCUGUCGAUGAACAAAUGGAGGAGGGGACGGAUUACGAGGAGAUGGACGAGCAGGACAUGGCAGGAUCAUUCCCGAGACCUGCACCUGCUGCUCAAGCUCCGUACAACGACUAUGGUAUUUCUUUCAGUGGAUCUCUUAUGCCGAAAUCAAUUCUCAAAGCAUCAACUAUGUUGACUGGCACACCGAAGAAGGACCUCACACUUGCAGGGGACUGGGCAGAACAACUACAGAGAACCGCUAGCCCUAAGAAGCAAGACCGUCAGGCUCUUCGUGAGCGUCAAAGUGUCAUGGGUGCAGCGCCUGUUGAUACCGCACCACCACUGGCCGCGUCUAUUGCUGGCAAGGCUUUCUCUACGACUAUGGAUAUUAUGAACUCUCUGUGGGCGCCUUCGGCUUCUGUUGCAGGUCAUGCGAUGCAAACAAGUACUGCUGGAAAAGGUUUUGAGUGGCCCUACCAGAAGCAGUCGAGAACCGAAGAUGCCUUUGCCGACAUGAACGAGACUGAACGCGGCUUCCACACAUCCUUCAAAUCACGUUGGGCUACAGACGGCACCCUUGUCUACAGUACCACCAACAACGCUCCUGCACUGUCUGGCAACAUGGUCGGUUCCAAGAAGCCCCUGGUGUCAGAACAUAGAGACGUCCGCUUCGCCAAGUUCAGUGCUCCUCAAGACACACUUACCACAUCACUACAACUACAACUUCAACAAUCGCCCAUCACCUCCGCCGAGACCUCUUUCGCCGCUAUCGCAGAGAGCCUUGCGCAUCCGGAAUCUCCUGAAGCUCAACAUGAACGUUCUGUCUGGCAUCUGGCCUCUAUCCUGUUUGAUCCCGUCGAGACAGCAUGUGCGGAUCUGGUCAAGAACAUUCCCACCGCCCAGGUUGCUGAGCUGGAGUCGCGCAUUCGUCGUGAUGCAUUGUCAAACUUCUGGGCUCAACUUGUUCAUGCAGAUGCCGCACAGCAUGCCAAGGAUGCGGGUACAGCAGAGGAGAAGGCAAUUGCGUUCCUCAGUGGUAACAGCAUUGAAAAUGCUUGUUCAGCACUUCUUGAGGGUCGUGACUUCCGUCUUGUAACCAUUGUUGCCCAACUUCCUGGCAAUGCCAAGUCGAAGGAAAUGAUGGCCAAGCAGAUUGAGAGCUGGAGGUCACAGAACAUGAUUUCUGAGAUGACUGAAUCAGUGCGCGCCUUGUAUGAGAUUGUUGCUGGCAACCCGUGCACCAGUGAAGGAAAGAGCGGUCCAGCUGAAGACAAAGCCUCGACUUUCGGCAUUUCAUCGCGCUUUGGCCUCGACUGGCGUCGCUCAUUUGGAUUGCGCCUUUGGUUCUCUGGCGCUAACGAGUCGCUUGCAGAUGCUGUGCAGCUGUACACUGACGAUGUCGCUGCAGGCAAGGAAACUGUUCGUCCCGUACCUUACUUUACUGAGCAGUCUCUCGCACCUUCCUGGAUUGAUACCAAUGCACAAGGCAAUGAGGACACCUUGCUCGGCCUGCUGAAGCUUUACUCGAGACAGCCUUCCUCAGAUGUUGGCGACGUUCGUUUCCUUGUUACCAACCUUCUCUCUCCAGCAUCUGUCUCUGGAAGUCCACUCAACGCUCGUCUCUCGUGGCAACUGGCUACACUUCUCCAAAAGAAGGGCAUCCUCACGACUGCUGAGUUGAGCGACGCUUCAUUGGAUCAGCUGUCUUUGACCCUAUCCAGUCAACUUGAGGCCGCCGAUGAGCUCGUCUUUGCUACCAACGUCUUGCUUCAUCUGACCAGCGAGUCGGCUCGGGAGAAGCAUAUCCGCGACCUUCUCUACCGUCGCGCAUCCGCACUCUACGAUGCCGGUAACCCAGAUGCCCUUCCCACUGUCUUGACCCAAGACUUUGGCUUGCCCGAACAAUGGCUCUGGCACGCUCGCGCACUCUACGCACGCUCCAUGCUCGACGACCACAACGCCGAAGUUAGCUACCUGCUCCGCGCUGGCGAUUCAGCACAAGCCCAUACAGUGCUCUGCCGUACUGUAGGUCCCACAGCCGUCAUUCAACGCGACCACGACGGCCUCCGCAAGCUCCUCGCCCUCUUCCGGUCCACGCUCUCCACAGACUCGCUCGAGAACUGGCGCUCAGGCGGGCAAGUCUACUCAGACUACACAGCUCUCCUCGACCUUGUGCACCGCGACGACGACGCUAGCCGCGCCACCAAGAAAGACUUGCUGGAACGCUUGACUGUCGCUCUGCCCGGUGUCCUCGAAGGCCGCGCAGGCAAAGUCGACCUCGAAGAGCGUGUUGCCGUUGGCGAAAUGGCUGGCUUAGUCAAAGCUGAAGUUGAGAAGAUGGGUAGAGAAGACAAGGGCGUGGAUAGAAGUCUCGUCAACAGGUUGCCUGUUGCUGGUGCCAAGUACGCUACCCAAGGUGUUGAUCUCAGCAGAGCUUAUUACAGGGCUGUUGUUGCU